ACAACAUAGAGAGAAAGAAAGGGAAGGUGCCAGAGCAGCUAAUUGCACUGCAAAAUCUCACUCUCUUUCAUCACUGUUGUAGUUUGAUUGGUCAAGGAGGGUGGAGAUGAAUAUAUCACCAUCACAAUGCAAUAGUGGUUGUGAAUCUGGGUGGACACAUUACCUAGAUCAGUCCUAUUUCUCUCAAAGUCAGUUCCAGAGAGCUGGGGGCAUUGCUGAUUAUGAGGGAGCAAAAACAGAAGUGGAGGAGGAAGAAGAAGAGGACCUGUCAAUGGUUUCUGAUGCUUCUUCUGGACCUCCCCAUUACCAUGAUUUAGAUGAAGACUGCUUGUAUGAAAAUGGAUGCUCUUUUUCUGUUUCUUGGGGUUCCAAAUUGGGAAAGAAGAGCAAGAAGAAAGGCAAAGAAAGUGGCAGAGAACAGCAUCUUGAUGAUACUGCUAGCUCUCCAGUCCUCAACUACUCUAAGAAAAAGUUGCGCCCUCUCUCCAAGGAUGAAUCUUCAAUGCAGAAUGUAUUGGGUUACUCUGAGGGUUUCUCUGCAACACAUAUGAAGGGGAAAUCUGCAUUGCUGCAGCAUUUUGGUUUCUUGAAGUCAUCUCUAGCCAAAAGUCCUGCUUCACAAAAACCAGGUGAUUUCCGAGAAGGAAGCUGGGAGUGAUAUAUAUAUGCAGAUGAUAGCAUCCAACUAUUUCCAUCUGCUGCUACAGUUGGGAAGAAACUAGAAAGAGAUUGGAGGAACAAUGUAAAAGAUAAAGGCAAUUAGAUCUCCAAA